AUGGAGCAGCCCACGAACAACACAAAGUUCUUUGAUGUUAUCAUCAUCGGCGCUGGAAUUUCUGGCAUCAACGCAGCAUACCGCCUACAAACAGAAGGCCCUUCAAAUUUCACCUAUGCCAUUCUUGAAGGUCGAGACUCGAUUGGUGGUACCUGGGAUUUGUUCAAGUACCCUGGCAUCCGAUCAGACUCUGACAUUUUCACAUUUGGCUUUCCCUGGAGUCCUUGGAAACGCGAUGAGUCUUUGGCUCCAGGUGAAGAGAUCAAACGUUACAUGAUCGAAUCAGCACGAUCAGCCGGCAUCGACCAUCACAUCUGUUACAAGCAUUCUGUCAAACAAGCCAAUUGGUCUACCCACGAUAAGAGAUGGAACCUUGAGGUGUUCCGCAGCGGCGAUGAGAAGCCUACUACUUUCCAAGCAAAAUUCCUGCUUCUUGGAACUGGCUACUACGACUAUCAGACCCCCCUGCAGGCCGCCAUUCCUGGAAUCGAAAGAUUUCAAGGCAAAGUUAUUCAUCCUCAAUUCUGGCCUGAAGACUACGACUACACCAACAAGGAUGUUGUAGUCAUCGGAAGCGGCGCCACAGCUGUCACCAUCGUCCCAUCAGUGGCAGACAAGGUCAAACGAGUUACCAUGCUUCAGCGAAGUCCCACUUACAUCAUGCCUCUCCCUUCGAGUAGCUUUUUUACACGUCUUUUCUUCACCAUUCUCCCCGCCAGCAUGGCUCUCUUCAUGAAUCGUCUCAUGUGGCUAGUGGAAAGCUAUCUCACUACAUUUCUGUGCAAGUCCUGCCCUGGACUAGCCAAGAAGAUUAUCAAGCACGUCACCAUCAAACAACUCCCUCCCGACGUCAAGUGGGAUCCUCACUUCAAACCCCGCUACAACCCAUGGGAGCAGCGUUUCUGUGCGUGCCCGAACGGUGAUUUCUUCGCUGCUAUUCGUUCUGGAAAGGCAGACGUGGUGACCGACAAGAUCAAGACUGUCACGGAGACGACCAUUGAGCUUGAAUCAGGGGACACAUUACAUCCUGACUUAAUCGUGACGGCAACGGGUCUUAAAUUGCGCUUUGGAGGUGGUAUCAAGUUUAGUAUGGAUGGUAUUGAGUUCAACGUGGCUGACAAGUUCGCAUGGAAGGCUACCAUGCUUGAGGAUGUUCCCAACGUACUCUUUAUGAUGGGAUACGAGAAUGCAUCAUGGACUCUGGGUGCCGAUGUCAGCGCUCGACUAUGUGUUCGUAUCCUGCGCAAGAUGGAAGAGAAGAAAGCUGUUGCUGUCAUUCCGCGUUUGACCUCAUCCGAGGGCAUGCCUGUGAAGUCAAUGAUGAGUCUUUCUUCAACGUAUCUGAAGAAUGCUGGUUCAGUGUUUCCCAAGGGUGGUACGGGUUCGUGGAGUCCCAAGUCGAAUUACUUUUCUGACAUGGCUGGUGCGAAAUGGGGUGAUAUCACUACAGGGCUGGAGUAUGUUUCAUAG